AUGUGGCAAUGCCACUCACAAACCUCCCUCCGUACAACGAGCAGAACACCAAGAACUGGUUUUACAGCUGGAAGCCAUUUUCUCGUUGUCGUCGAAGUAGCCGACAUCUUGGAACACGUACCCGAGCAGGAGCCAUAUACUCGCCUCAAGGCUAUUCUGAAACGAACCGGCCGUUCGGACGAGGAACUGCUCCGGGAACUUUUUACCCACGUCACCAGGGGCGACAGAACACCCUCACAGCUUCUACGCUUCAUGAGGAGCCGACUGGGGAAACAUUCCAUGGCCGAAUCAAUCUUGCGUGAACUGUGGAUGGACAAGUUACCCACUACCAUAACGCAGAUAUUGGCACCAAUCGCUGACCACACUCCACUAGACCAGUUAGCAAAUUCCGCUGACCGCAUCGCAACUAAACUGGACCAAGGAGUGUGUGCCGUGCAGCGCCCAGACGACACACCAGCCAAAGAAACGGACCUGGAAAAGGCAGUAGCUGACCUGCAACAUCAGCUGCAGGAUAUACGAAUGCUCCUUUCCCGCACAUCGAGAGGCCCGAUGCCGGCGACCGGCGGUUGGCGACGGAGAGCACGGAGUACCAGCAGGGGUCGACGAGUCGACCCGGAAUUAUGCUGCCGGCGGGUAGGAGCGGCAGAACCCCCCGGCAAAAACAUACGAAGCCGCCUCUUCUACGUAUGGGACCGACGGAACAACAUAAAGUUUCUAGUGGACACAGGAGCAGCUAUCAGUGUGAUACCCCCCAAAGAACAGCAAGACCGAAAGGCGACCCUGUAUAAACUCCAGGCAGCAAAUGGCUCGACGAUCGAGACAUAUGGAGCCAAGACACUGACUCUGAACAUCGGUAUGCGGCGCGAUUUUACAUGGACUUUCACCCAGGCAGACGUAAAAACGCCAAUACUCGGUGCAGAUUUCCUGGCCCAUUAUGAUCUAGCCGUGCACAUGAAUACGAGAACUUUAUCAGACAAUACCACGAACAUUGCUGUUAAAGGCACCCUCUCUCGACACAACACCACUGGGAUCAGUGUGACAACUUGCCACGGACGAGAGUACAUCGAGAUCCUAAACAGAUACUCGGACCUCAUUCAACCACUCGCAGCGACGAGCUCCCCCCUCUCACCUACGCUGACCACACGAAGCAGCAGCAGCCAAGGCCAGCAGACAUCAGCAGCAGCUAGAGCCAGCAGAGAAGUCCGGCCUCCUCAUCAGCAGCAGCCAAGGCCAGCAGCAGCUAGAGCCAGCAGAGCAGUCCGGCCUCCUCAUCAGCAGCAGCCAAGGCCAGCAGAUAUCAGCAGCAGUCUAUCCUCGGACUACCAAGCUGCGAUCCUGCGCGACACUCCACCCAAGGACGAACUGACUACACCACAGCACUGUCCGCGUCGAUCCUCUCUCUCUGCAAGCGCCGACGCACCCUUUACUCAAGUACAGACAUCCAGGGAUCGACUGGACCUCGGACAUCCCUGUUUCCAUUCGGCCUACCUCCAAGCUGUCGCCUUGAAACCUGACAACGCUCCUCCAAGACUACACGACCGAACUACUACAAACGAUUAUCUGUAUAUAUUCGUGCCAGAUUUAUUUAAUAAAAUUUGGCUUAAACUUUUACAUCCUCGUUUUUGUUGUCCUUGCUUCGAUCGUAUUAUCUUAUAUUAUUUUUCCGUUUGCGGGGUUAACAGUCAACCUGCUUAG